ACUCAACGGAAACACAGACCACAUCACAGAGAGGGAGAAGCAGACCUCACUGCUGUGAGCAACCUUAUCUCUGGAACCCACUGACAGAGCACCUCUACUGGGUCCAUCAGAACAGAUGCCAUGGCUGAGUACGACGAUGGAGACACUGCGUUCUUCAAUGCUUCCAACGACAGCAGCCAGGGGCACCAGGACUUCCGGCAGUUCAGCAAGCUCUUCCUGCCCUGCAUGUACGUGGUGGUGUUCGUCUGUGGCCUAGUGGGGAACUCCCUGGUGCUAGUCAUCUACAUCUUCUACCAGAAGCUGAAGAGCCUGACGGAUGUAUUCCUGAUGAACCUGCCCUUGGCAGACCUGGUGUUUGUGUGUACUCUGCCUUUCUGGGCCUAUGCAGGCAUCCACGAGUGGGUCUUUGGCAGCAUCAUGUGCAAAGUCCUGCUGGGCAUCUACACCCUGAACUUCUACACGUCCAUGCUCAUCCUCACCUGCAUCACCAUGGACCGCUUCAUUGCAGUGGUUAGGGCCACCAAGGCCUACAACCAGCAGGCCAAGCGGAUGGCCUGGGGUAAGGCCAUCUGCUUGUCCAUCUGGAUGGUUUGCCUGCUAGUCUCCUUGCCACAGAUCAUCUAUGGCAACGUCCUUUACCACAACAGGCUCGUCUGUGGCUAUCACAAUAACGCAACCCUCCCCAUGGUUCUGGCCACCCAGAUGACACUGGGGUUCUUCCUGCCACUGCUUGCCAUGAUUGUCUGCUACUCAGUCAUCAUCAAGACACUGCUUCAGGCCCGUGGCUUCCAGAAGCACAAGUCUCUGAAGAUCAUCUUCCUGGUCGUGGCAGUGUUCCUGCUGACCCAGACGCCCUUCAACCUUGUGAAGCUCAUCCGCAGCACAAACUGGGAGUACCACAGCAUGACCAGCUUCUACUAUGCCAUCACGGUGACAGAAGCCAUUGCCUACCUGCGCGCCUGCCUUAACCCUGUGCUCUAUGCCUUCGUUGGCCUGAAGUUUCGGAAGAACUUCUGGAAACUUGUGAAAGACAUUGGCUGCCUCUCUUACCUGGAUGUCUCAAGACAACAGAAGUCUUCUGAGGACAUGUCCAGGACGGCUUCAGCCUUUCAUAAUGCGGAGGCCACCAGCAUGUUCCAGCUAUAGCCUUUGCUGGGCUUGGAGAAGCUGCUCAGGAUUUCACAGGAGCAGGGCUGUGUCCUCUGGCCGCAACGAGGAAGGCUUUGCGUGUAGCACACACGUUCUCCUGGAGAAGUUCCUUGAUGCCACAGCUGGGGCAGGAUGCUUCUUCUUAGGCAAGCACAGAUUCUGCUCUCCUCUUCUACCCCAGGCCUAAAGCUCAAAUGGGAUUCUGAAGGCUGCAGGGGCUUUCCUUCCUCUCCCCUGAGAAUACCAAAACCAGAAAUGACGUUGUGACCAGGUUCUCCUUCACAGGGACUGGGACCAAGGGUUGAAGAUGGGGACAUGGCCAACAAAGGUCUUGACUGCAGAUGACACUCUGGGUUCCCAAGUUCAAAAGAUCCUUCUGGCAACUGGGAAGGCAGGGAGAUUACAGAGUAGUCAUGACAAGUGCUAGCCCCUGAGACUCAGACCUUCAACACCAGGCACCAAAAAGCAAUGAGCUCAGGUUCUGCAGUGCCUUGGGGGUUUGACUUUUAUACAGAUAGAUGCUUUAUGUUCUCUUUGAUUAGUCCUGGAAGAAGUAGCACCAGGGUAUGUGAAUGGACCAAGAAAAUUAGGGUCGGCUGGGAAUUCCAGUGGGCCACAGAAUGCUAGAAAAAUGUGCAAACCAGAGUUUAGGACUAUCAUGAGCCUACACAGCACUUCUGAAAUGGAAUCUUGGUGGGUUGCUUGUUUAAAAACUGAAUUAUUCAAUGUCUCACACACACAAAUCAUAUGUAAAUGUAUAUAUAAUAUGCAUGCAUAUCAAACAGCAUAUGUCUUUCCCGACUAAGAAAUAAAACUUUUAAAAAAGCUUC